AUGACGAUUCGUAGUAUUAUGACAUUUCUUAGUUUUAUUUAUAGAAGUGAACCUAAAAAAACUUCUAUUACGGAUCACUCUAUUACGAAUCACUCUUUUAUGGAACCUACAGAAUUUUUUGUAUCAGAUAACAGCUACUGCGACUUUACUUGUUUGUAUCCGUCGACCAAAUCAUUUCAAAAAAUUUCAAAAACCAAGUCAGUUUAUUCACAUUGUAAAAGUUAUUUUCAUUAUCUUUCUAAAUACAAAUUUACGGACCUAACAAUUGAAGUAGGCGAAAAGCCUAAUAUUGAAAGAUUUAAUGCGCAUACAGAAAUUCUCUCUAAUAGUACACCUUAUUUUAAAUGUGCUUUGUCACCAUCUUGGGCCAAAUUUGAAAAUGGUAAAAUGAUCUUUAAAAAGCCUAAUAUUGCACCGAAGGUGUUUCUCAUUGUAUUAAAUGGUAAAGUACUUUGGAAACAACAUGCCGAAAAAGAUAUAUUUGACUUUUUGGUGGCCACUGAAGAACUAUUAAUUGAUGACAUUUUGGAUGAAGGUCAAUGUCAUCUUAUUGAAGAAAGAUAUAAGUGGAUAUUAUGUAAUUUGAGUUUGGUUACUUUUACUAGCUUUAGAUAUAAUUCAUUUGAAAUAUUUCAAGAUUAUUGCAUAGAGAAGAUUUGUGAAAAUCCAAGAUUACUCUUCAGAUCAAUUUAUUUUUUAAAACUUGAUGGUAGUUUUUGGACAAAAUUUUUAAACCAAGAUAAAAUUCAAAUGGAAGAAUUUGAAAUUUGGCACAAUUUAAUUUUAUGGGGAAUUGGACAAAUUUCAGAAACAAAUCGGUAUUUUUUUAGUUUUUCUAAAAAGAAAUUAACUAAUUUAAAAAACAUAUUGCUUAGUUAUAUUCCAUUAAUUAGGUUUACUGAAUUUUCUGUUAAUCAAUUUUAUACUUUUGUUUGGCCUUUUAGAGAUAUAAUUGAUAUAAAUUUAAGAAAUGAAAUUACAGAUUUUCAAAAUAAUUUAAAAUUCCAACUUAAAAUGCUUUUAGAACCAAGGCAACCAAAGUUACGCUUCUUUAAAUCCAAAAUUAUUACACCACUACAAGAAAUUCAAAUUAUUCACAAAAUUCCAAAAAUUAAACAAUUAACAUUAGCUAAAAUUUAUUGUGAACUUAAUUUACUUUUACGAGGCACUCGUGAUGGAUUCACAUCAAAAGAAUUUCAUAACCUUUGUGACAAUAAAGGACCAACAAUUGUAAUUAUGAAAGUUAGAACUUCGGGUGAAAUAAUUGGUGGAUACAAUCCUGUAUGCUGGGGAUAUCAAUUAAAUCCGAAAAGCUUGUUUUAUGUUAAUUCUAAAAGAAAAUAUAUUUUCACUAAUGAAUCCUUUAUAUUUUCUUUUGGCCCUCGCAAAAAUUGUCGGAAUAUCAAGUUUAGUUCGGUUAAAAAAAAUCAUCCAGCAAUCAAAGAUGACCCACAAUUAGGUCCCUGCUUUGGUAAACAGGAUAUUCAUAUGACUGACAAUUUCGAUAAGCACGAAAGUUGCACCUCCCAAUCUUCAAGUUUCAAUAAUAUUAUGACAGAAAAAAGGUUUUCUGUUAUUGAAUAUGAAGUUUUUCAAGUUGUAUAUAAAAAAAGCAAUGAAAAUAGAUGGAUUUCAUUUAUGAAUCCUAAAUACUUCAAAAAUGAUAAGUAUAUUGGACCGGUUUACUAA